CAGGACUACGCCGCACCCUUGCGCGAGUUCGCCAAGAGCCGCUCGACCGCCAUCGUGCCGCUGUUCGAGGCCAACCACUUGUUCGUCAACAUCGACGAGCUCGUCCCGCUCGCUGCCGCAUUCGAGGCCGACCUGCGAGACGUCGUCGGGCGGUCACAGCGCGACAAGGCGAGCUUGCCGACCGGGUUCGGCGCGAUUGUGCUGCACCACAUCGAGCGCAUGCAGAACCCGUACAAGAUCUGGCUGUCCAACGUCCGGGCGGUCGAGAUGAUCCGCAGCGAGCUCGACCGGUCCAACUCGUCGUUCCGCGAGUUCAUCGAGCGCACCCAGAUCGUCAGCCGCGAGAUGGCGCAGACGAGCGGCGGGUUCAAGGAGUUCCUCGCCGAGCCGCAUCAGCGCAUCGCUCGGUACCGCCUCAUGCUCGACCCCAUCGUCGCGUCGCUGCCGCAGGAGGACCCGAACGUCGACCCGCUCCGGGCCGCCAUCGACCUCCUGGGCACCGUCUGCUCGAUGGAGGUCGACGACGCGACCAAGCGCGCCGCCGUCUUCUGGGCUCUUGGCGAGGCCGUCGAUGGUCUGCCGGGCGCCCUCGUCGGGUUCGACCGCCACUUUGUCGCCGCCAUCGACGUCGACGAGGUG